AUGGGGAUGAACGUGCCGCUCCCGCUGGCCCCUCCUUCCCUCCACCGCGAGUCCGCCGCCGCCGCCGCCGCCACCGCCGCCGCCGCCGCCGCCGCCGCCGCCGCCGCCGCAAGCAUGUAUCCCCGCAGCGCCUUGAUCGCGCUGCUCGCUGUUGUCGCUGUCGCCCGCGUAGAAUCCAACUACUGCUCUAGAGCAGAAAAAGGAUAUUUACAUGGGAUCGAGGUCUAUUUGGGAGUUCAAGAGUUACAACCUGAUCAAGCCCAUUGGGAAAUUGCAAAGAUACCUAACAUAUGUCCUUCGUAUACGCAUCACCAAGGCACGGAAGUCGUGGUGUGCGACGUAGGCGCGUCGCCCGUGGUGACGCUGAAGAGCCUGGUGUCGGGCCACGUGAAGCGCACGGGCCACCUGCAGGGCACCGCGUACAUGUACACCAGGCUGUACUGCUACGACCCCUACGGCGCGCCCGCCGCCGAGCCCCGGCCCGCCGCCGCCCGGCCCGCCGUCGGCGCUGCCAGCGCGCCUGGCCCGAGCGCUGUGGUUAGCGAACUGUAG